UCCAGCAAUCAUGACCAGCAAUAGUAUCCAGAUCGCAGCCCUUGGACGACCGUUACACCCAGGAAUGCUGUAUGACUGCCGUGAUGACAGCUUCAUUCCAGGUGUCACAUUGUGGGAUGCUGAAGAUUUUGAAAAUAACAUGACCGUACAUGAACAGAACCAAACAAAAUCUGAAAUCACUGCCUCUGACUCUCUUAGUAAGAAGUCCAGUCUGCUGGACAUAAGUGCCUCCCUGAAGGCGAGUUUCUUGGGGGGCCUGAUUGAGGUAGGAGGGUCGGCAAAGUAUCUCAAAGACACAGUGACCACGGAAAGUCAGUGUAGAGUGACUGUGCAUUACAGCCAGAAGACUGUGUUUAAGCAGCUCAACAUGAAAAAUAUUAGCAAUAUAACUUAUGUAGAUGUGCUUGACCAGGGAACAGCCACUCAUGUUGUCACAGGUGUGCUGUAUGGAGCUGAUGCCUUCAUGGUUUUUGAUCAGACUGCUUCCAGGAAUGAAGAUAAGCAGGAAAUUCAGGGUACAUUGGAAGUCAUGGUCAAGAAAAUUCCAACCAUUUCUAUUAGUGGCAGCGGAGAAGUAAACAUAAAAGAGGAGGAUCUCAAUAAGGUGGAGAAAUUCCAGUGCACCUUCUAUGGUGAUGUCAUACUGAAAGAAAAUCCAACUACCUACAUGGAAGCAGUUAAAGUGUAUAAAGACCUGCCAAAGCUUCUAGGAGAGAGAGGAGAGAAGGCUGUCCCAAUGACAGUGUGGCUUUACCCUCUGAAGUACCUGGACAACAGGGCAGCCCAGUUAGUGAGGGAGAUCAGAGAGAACCUGAUUACAGAAAUGGAAACUGUCAUGGAAGACCUUCAGACAGCAACCAUCACGGUCAAUGAGUUGCUGCAAAUCAGUGAGACCAUUCAGGCUACUGAUAUACAGGACAAACUGAAAACAUUUCAGAAGAUGCUCAGGCAAUACAAGAUAACUGUCCAGAAAGAGGUGUCAGCGCUUAUUCCAACUAUCCGUAAUGGAAAGACAGCUACACCUGAAGUACUUGACUUUAGCGUCAACAGUAUAACACUGAAGCUACAGUCAUUUCCAGCCUCAAAAACUUUGCAAUUCAAAGUGGAGAUUAAGAAGGAGAAUGGAGAACAUGACUGGGAGACUACAGACACACAAAAAAAUCAAAAUGAAGAGACUCGGAUCAUCUCAGGGCUGCAGCCAAACACUGUGUAUCUUCUUAGGUACAGGACAGUCUUUGAUGAUGAAGACAGUGACCCCAGUGAUGCUGUGAAGAUUCACACCAAAG